GAAAAGAAAAUGUUCUUUUUAGAAUAAAGAAAAAUUGUUGCAAAGUUUUGAAUUUUAAAUUUUUGUUAAAGCUUUGGAAGACGUGUUAGGAAAAUUCUAAGUUCCAAACCUUUAUUUAUUAUUUUUUUUAAAUUAACCCAUACUUUUACUCUGUUCAAAAAACAACCAAACCAACGGAUCUCCGACCACCCGCCUGUCAGACAGACGGACAGACCGAUCCAGGAGCUCGUCUUGGCUGUUGCUUCUCCUCCUACGCCUUUGUAACUGGAACUUGUUAAUUGUUGACAAUAAAGACAAAGAAAAACAGUUUGAGUGGUUUCAUGUUUAUGUCCAUAGUGCUAAGUGUCUGCUUUUGGGUUCAGAUGUCGAAUUCAUCUAAGGAGCAAGAAAAACAGAGCACAAACUCUGGGCAUGAUAUGAGGGAAGACAUUGAAUAUGUUAGGCUGGUUACUUCUGAUGAACCCACUGCAGCAGCAAUUGACAUCUUACAACCUCAACCACCCACAAGGGGUAACACUUUCAUCUGGUGGAUCAAAGCCUUUGUCUUUUGCGUUUUUACUCUUUUAUUGCUUCUCAUUGUUUUGAAAUGGGGGGUGCCAUUUCUUUUUGAGAAGGUUCUUCUCCCAAUAAUGCAAUGGGAAGCAACUUCCUUUGGUCGCCCAGUUCUUGCUGUUGUGCUUGUUACUUCUCUUGCCUUGUUUCCUGUGUUCUUAAUACCUUCUGGUCCCUCCAUGUGGUUGGCUGGGAUGAUUUUUGGCUAUGGUCUUGGGUUCCUCAUAAUUAUGGCUGGAACAACCAUUGGAAUGGUCCUACCUUAUUUGAUUGGACUGCUUUUUCGUGACCGUAUUCAUAAUUGGUUAAAGAAAUGGCCCCAGACAGCUGCUAUGGUUCGACUUGCAGGAGAAGGAAGCUGGUUCCAUCAAUUUAGAGUGGUUGCUCUCUUUAGAGUUUCACCAUUUCCUUACACAAUUUUCAACUAUGCAAUUGUGGUAACCAGCCUGAGGUUUUGGCCCUAUUUAUUUGGAUCAAUUACUGGAAUGAUUCCAGAAGCUUUUAUUUAUAUCUACAGUGGUCGGUUAAUAAGGACAGUAGCCGUUGUUAAAUAUAGCAACCAUCACUUGACAGCUGUGGAAAUUAUAUACAAUAUUGUCUCCCUCAUCAUAGCAAUUGUUACCACAAUUGCGUUUACAGUUUAUGCAAAAAGAGCUUUAAACGAUCUUGGUAAUGGAGAGACCAUGGGAGAAGAUGAGUCUUCCUCUUUCCAUGGUGGCUUUGAGAUGGAGAAGCUUCCACUUGAAAGGCCUAAGCAUGUCAGCUUCCUGUCUUUUUCAUCAUAGCUUGGAUUCAUGAGGAGUAGAUUAUUAAUCGAAAGAGCUAGGAAUGUAUAUUGGAUGGGAUUUAGGCUUCACAUAGAAGUAUAAACGGUGAUCAUCUGUCUCCUUUUUUUAGGAGGCUGGGUUUCAGCUUAGCAUCUUUGUAUGUAGAUCACCACUGGUUUUUGAAUUAUAAUUAUAAUAAAAUAUUCAACGUG